CACAAACAUGAAAGUUGAAAAUACUGUAAUUUUCCUUCAUAAUCUGUUCGGUGGACCGAUAGCAAAGGACGAUCAUCGCUUAACACCGCUCCAGAUGUGCAUCUACACUACAACGGUCAUCGGAACCAGUGUUGCAUUUUUUACCCUUUGCCUGUUUGAUUUACAUCGCAUGCUGUACUCGCGCGAUCUUGUUUUGAGUGUUAUCGAUCUGCUAAUGUUGCUAGGGAUUGCAACAACCGUACUGGCGAUUCAAUCUUCCACAGUGAUAAAGCAUUUGACCAAAUCGCGCGUUUCCAUUUUCCAGUGUCUUGACGAUAUCGACGCGCAUCUCUACACGCUAAACGUAGGUGGUGAGCCUACCCACAACCUUUCAAGAAACUGGCUCGUUGCUGCCGUUGGCGCAAUCGUCAUAUCGCUAGCCUAUCUGUUGGCAAUCGCAUUACGCAUCAAUCAAGCAAAUACGAUGAUCUUUGCCUUUAAGGCGUACGGAAUGUUUGUGAUAUUUCUCAUGCAUGGAAUGUUUCUCGUACUGUGUUAUCAAAUAUGGCAACGAAUCCGGUGCAUGGUGGUGCAUCUGGGGAAGAUGAUAGCAUCUUUCAAGCGGCAGAAUAAUCGAUCGAAUAAUAGCGAUAAAGGGAAUGUUAGUUUGCGAUUUUGCAGAGAUCUCCAGACGUUGGCCAUUGUUCAGUGGCAGUGUUUUAGGGCUUGUAACCGUCUCAAUGAUGAAUGUGGUCUAUCGAAUGUAUCCAUUUUUGGGAUGUUUUUCUACGUGCUCACUGCAAAAAGUUUUCAGCUAUUCUACAUUUGCUCGAUCGAGUUCAAACGUCACGGGUUUACCUUCACUCAUUUGCUAGGUAAAACGGAAAUCGCUACACUGGCAUACAAAUUCCUUUUCAUUUGUUCGCUACAAUCUUUCCAUUCAUUCGCAAAAUCCAAUCUUUCAGAACCAACUGUGCUGAUAAUCGCAGUUUUUUUAUACUUUUUUACAUCCGCCUAUCUUGGUGAAAUGGUACUGAGAGAGACACAGCUCGUGAUAAACAAUCUGCACAAAUUUGAGUCUAUGCAUACGACUUCCCAGCAUAAAAUUAACCAGUCGGAGUUAGUUGAGCAGCUGGGCAAUCAAAUCGUGCAUCAACCUGUAUGCUUUAAUGUGAUCAAUUUCUUUCAGAUAGAUCUCAAAUUUUUCCAUUUGGUGAUGGCAUCCGUCGCAACAUAUUUAAUCAUAUUAUUGCAAUUCGAUUUCCAAAAUUAAUGUUCAAGCUCGCACACACACUACAUAAUCGUUGUUGGGAUCAACUCAAAAUGGUUCCUCGUCGUGAAAAACGUAUGUUCCUGCCACCUUUGUUAAAGACAUCAAUCUUUCACAGUAUGCACACGCCACGGCGUUUUGUUCUCAUUUGCUACUAUCCGCAUGUGAAUAGUCGCCGAAAGGGAUCGAGCUGUAGAAUCAUUUGGCGAGUACACCAUGGAAGCAACUAUUAAUCACACCAUUUUCAAACUUUUUGGGCUAAUGCCUAUCUUUCAGACAAAGGGUAGUGCGUGGAAAAUAUUGCUAAACACAUGCUACAGCCUUUCCGUUAUUACUUUCAUCACAGUGCAUCAGUUUGCUAUCUACUACCUUCAGCUAGAGCGAGAUUUUGCCGGAUGGUUCAUAAGCGCCAGCGUGCUGUUUACCAGCUUCAUCGCACUGCUGCAAACGUUAACAUCGGCCAAAGGGUUGCAGUUUCUAAUGUUGGAGCUGGCGAGUAUCGAUUCGUUGAUAAGCACCUGUAAUGCCACCAGCAAGAGACAUUACAGUGCCAUUUUCUACGCCAUGUACUGUAUCGGCUUGACUAGAGGCAUUUUUCGCAUGGUCCUGAUGAUACAACUCGGACUACGCUCGCCAAGCUUUGCCGUCCAGCUGCUCGUGCCGUCGAUUAUUGUUUUGGUCCGAGUGAAUCUUCAAAUCUAUUUAAUGGAGCUUAUUGCUGCGCAGCUAGAGGCGAUUACAGCGGAGCUUUCCAGCUCACUCGAAGACGCCGGGCGAUGCAACACCAAUGAAGCCGAUACAGUGUAUCGAUGCAGCUGCACGCUUCAGCGAGCAGAAUGCUUGUAUGGACGUUUACAAAAAUGUCUUCUGAUGGUAAAUGCACUGUUCGGUUGGUCUACUGCAGCGAUCGUGGUGCUCGUGUUCGUUGGCAUAACGUUCCAGUUCCGCGUCCCGAUGUAUCCACUUCCGUUUUAUGCACAAAUUAUUGAAGUGUUAUACUCAAUAUUUAUACUAUUUUGCUUAUGUCGAGCCUCCAGUCACGCGACAGAAAAGGUGAACGAAAUAAAGCGCGUACUGCUGAAACCGUUCUACAAUGCUUUGCUGUGGGAUCAGGUUCACAAUUUUAUCGUUCGUACCAAGCUACAACCGUUCGAGUUUACAGCCAAU